AUGAACGCCACUGUCAAUCAAACUUGGACUGAGGCAAUGGCUGAGCUAAGACUACGGCCCACAGUCACACCGAGCAGCACUCUUCUACCUCACUCACUGACCGCGAAAGGGUGGUUAGCAUGUCUUGUUCUGUCGCUUUUGGACGGGCUUCUCGACAGGGUCCUUCGAUAUCAGCAAAAGGAUCCUGCGCGUCGGGCGCGGGAUGAGAGGCGAAGACGACGGCUGGGAGUCUGGGAGGAGAGGCAUCACAGCGGGCUUGAAAAGCUUCACGAAACGCUGUGUGAUCUGGAUAUCCCGGAGGUAGACCUCAAUACGGUCGACAUGCAUGAAUGGUUGGAUUACGCAUUUCAAAAAUCAUCAUGA